AUGCUACUGCGUACCACGAUGCUGCAUCGGUUUCACUGGGGCAAUGAUGCGAACACAGUGCUGUUCGCCGCACUAUUGGCAAGUACCCAAGGGAAUGAAUGUGGGAGUGCUGCGAGUGGUGAGGUGUGUGUUUUAACUAAGAAGGCGUGCGGAUCUGUCAGCAAGGAUGAAAUUGGCAAGGUGAAGGUGAACUCUGGCUGGGACUGCAGCACUGAACUGUGCGUAAAGCGGACGACUGCUCCAUCGCUGUGCCUCCUCUACGGUAAGCUGUCGUGUAAACGGGUAAUGCGGCUCCACAACGUGGUUGCACUCGGCUCCGUGGUAUUGUUUCAGUCUGUCCGCCACAGUGACAGGCAACCUCCGGGAAUGUUGUGCAGCCAACCUGGAAUGGCCAGUGUGUUCUUUCCAGGCCUCAAUCUGUAG